GGGUCACACGGCACGAUGACGACGAAAAUGACGACGAUGACGAGGACAAGCCUCCUCUCUCUCUCUCUGUUUUCUCGUCAGCGUGUACUGUGCACUCAGCCUGUCCGUCGCGUCUCUCGCGCUUCGUGUCCUCCUGUCAGUUGGCGUGGUGCGCUCGAACGAGCGACAAGUGCCUGGAGUCGUACGCUGCGAAACCUCCUACAACCUCGAACAACUCGAGUAAAACGCGGUAAUUUCAGGCUCGCUAUCCUCCCGUGCGUCUUUUCAUUCGUCACAGAAUCCACGCAUUCUCCUCUGACCGCGUCCAACGAGCCUCGUUAUCUUCUUAUUGAAGCAAGUUCCUCGAUAUAUUCCAAAGAGAAGUUCCUUUGGAUCGUACGUGGUGUCCGUGAUGUGCACGCGAUAGUUGCUAGAGAUCCUCUUCAGAGUAUAUUUUUGGAGUUGUUCUCGAGAGUCUGUACAUGGAAGCUCUUCGAUGAUCGAGAAUCCUACGUCGUGACUAGCUUCGUCGAUGUAAUCGCGUUUCCGGCAGCUCGUUGCAUCGGUACGGUUGUUGUCAUCGAAGACGUCGAAGGCAGUGUGGCCACUUUGACAGCCUGCAGGAAUCUCGAACGGCUAACUGAACUCGUCGUUGAGGACUGUACAGGAUACGUCCAUCGGAAAUCGGUGAUCGAUAACGGACUGAGCAACGAUACGGACAGCUGCGACGGUUUAACAAACGGACAAAAAAUGGCACCGGUAUUGGGUGUACCACCCCCUCCUCCACCUGCUCCUCACAUGGGACCAGAUGGCUUAAUCUUACCGAGAAAACCGUACAACCCUUACCUCACCUCCAGCAACCAUAAGGACCUCCGCAGGGAAUUAUUAUUCAAUCAGAAAGUCGGCAAAAACGUGCUGAAUCAGAAGAGCGAGCUGCAGCGAGCACUCGAGAAGCAGAGGGAAGCUGCCUCCAGGAGAGAGGCUGAAAGGAAUCGGGAAGAGAAUUACAAAGACGAUCCAAGAACCGCCUUACAAAGGGCCAUCGAGCAAAGAGCGAAGCACAUCGAGAUGGCACUGGAACAGUCGCAACGGACGACGGAACCACCGAGCAACCUUUUGGUAACAGCGAGAGCGAAGUUGAGACCUCGCACAGAUUCACAAUGAAGUUACGUCAAAGAAGACAAGAAAAGAAAAGAAAGGAAAGAGAGGCGGAAAGAAAGGUCGAACGUAAAACGUGACACGUACGCUGUCGCCCGAGUGAGCAACGAUCAAAUUGCGUUGUAACGCCGACUUUUGUCACAUUUUGUAAUUUGACCAUGUACAUAUUAUAUGUUUAAUCCGAUAAGAAUUCGAACGGCAAAAUAAGAUUGUACGAGUCUUCGUUGAAGAUAAAGUAUUGUAACGAGGCAUGUUAGAUAACGCAGAACCGAAAAACAGUGGAAAAUAGGUCGUGUCUAUGUAUCGAUACAUUUAUUCGUUCAAAGAAUAUUCACUUGUGCGUUUUUCGUGCUAAAAGUAGAUAAUUGCCUCGCUCUUCCAAAGUUCUCAGAGAGCGCGGAUGCGCGCACUAGGCGAUUCGUUUCGUCUUCUAAGCGACGUUAGUCUAGUUAGAUAAUACAUACAGCCGUAACCAUUGUUUUCCAUAUCUGUGAAAAAUACGUGAAUCGAAACGAUGUGUAUGCAUCCGCGAGCAUAGUCGAGUCAGGUCUUUUCAAACGAUAAGUCUGCAGAUCGCUGACUCAAACGUCGUUGUAAAACCGAUACUUGGUUUGUUAGUGGCAUAUAUAGCACUCGAUCAACGUGUAACUUGCUUACGCGUGUCAGCGACGCGGUAUGAUGCGUUGUGUCCUCGUUACUUCGCCUAGUUAUCCGAGACACAAGGUGUCGAGGUUUGCAACAGAUUGGCCUUUAUAGAUCGCCUUGACGAGAAAAUAGUUUACUUGGUCGUUCGAUACUUUGUUACGUGCUCGAGAUUUUUCAGAGCCUUCACAUCUAAGGAUUAAUACCGUUAGAGUAAUUAAGAGACCAGUCAUGAGUAGCAUAGAGAAUUUUAAAACGAAUACAUAUGUGCAAGAUGUAUGUGUGCGACGUUAGUUUAUUAUCGUGCCUGAAUUUAUACCAAGACUAGACCUGAAUACGAAGUACAGAGAUAGUGUUUUGCCACGAUAGAAUUGGAAUAGUAGAAUCGAUACCUUGGGACCAUCGUUCACUCGUAAUCAACUACUAGCAGUUAAAUGA